UAUGAAACUUCAGUGUUGACAGCUCACUACCUUUCAAGUACAUUCAUAAUGCUUUGAGAUUGGUGUACACUUCUCGAAUCAAAAUGAUUUUAUGGAGAAGUAGGCCCCUGUGGCUACUUGGACCCAAGUGCUCCAGUCAUGGGGUAAUCCGACCAUGGGUUGUGGAAACAGUAGCAGGGUUGCCAUUGCUUCAUUACCCUCAACGAAGUUGCUACGCCACUGAAGUGGAUUUCAUGCAGCAACCCUACGCAUAUUACCGAAUUCUGGGGAUCCCGAGAAAUUCACGAAUGUCGGACGUGAAGGCGGCUUAUUUGCGAUUGGCUAAACGGCAUCAUCCAGACAUGAUCGGCAAAGUAGAUGAAGCCACCGAGGCUACUCAUCGCCAAAAAUUCGACGAGAUCACAGAGGCUUAUACCACACUCAUAGAUGUUACCCAAAGACAUUUCUAUGAUCAGCACGGAUAUUCUUGCGAUGGUCUCCGCAAGAAAGGCAUCCCGUCCAUCUUUGAUUACCAGCCCAAAUGGUCAAUCCAUGAACAAGAGUUCAGAGCUGAUGGUGAGACCAGUGCUGUUGAGGACUGGUUUAAGGCCCAAGGUCACUCUUGGGACGAACCCAAGACAACUAUCCGACAACGCCUGAAAAACGCUUAUGUGGAGUAUCGUUGGGGACUGAAAGUGUAUGAUUUCCCUUGGGAUUUUUUUACCAAGUGGUUUGUGGUGUUGGUAGUCUUCAUAAUUUCGGCCCAUUUCAUCAUGGUUUCGGGGAUUCAUAAACGGGUGCUAUCUUUACCCCUGGACCAUCCUCACCGUCCUCAAGAAAUUAAUACUGCCUACGGCAACGAGGAGGUCAAAGAUAUUCUGUUCCUGUUGGGAAUCAGGAAAAAAAUCGCGUCCGACCAAGCCAAAGCCGGAUUGUAUCACCUCCGCAAUGCCGAACCCGCCCCCAAGCGAGAAUCCGAGUUUUCCCACACCCUCUAUUCCAACACCCGCCGAGGCGAGUUCCAUCGCAAUAAGGAUCGCCACCGAGAACGAUCCGAAUUGGAAGUGAAGCGAAAAGAGGCCCAACUUCAGUGUGAAGAGGAUCUUUUACUCCAGAGACAAGCAGAUCUGACCGAGAAGCUCAAGGAACUCCAAGACCGCAAGGCCAAAGUCAUCAACCCGCUGAAUUCAUCCUGAUUAUAGAUUUAAUAUAUUGUCAUGAUAACCAUGUUGCAAAAUCGUAUAAAAGGCUUAUCUUUCA